AUAAUUUAUAUGAUAUCUUUCCAACCUGAUGUUGGGACCUUGAUAUUUCAAACUAAGAAUAGUCUGAACUAUAAAAGGUGAGGUCAAUAUGAUGAUCUUAUAAUUCUAAAAUCAUAAUAUGAGAGACACACCAUACUAUAAACACGUCACACCUUGUAGUCAUAAUUCAUUUCCAUUGCAGAUAGAGGAAUCAAGGUAUUAAACAAUACAUUUUACAUCAAAUUCAUUUAUCUAGAAUAUAUUUGAAAAAUCCGGAUUGUUCCGACAGUAAAGUUGGCAGAAAAAAACAAGGUCUCCUUAACAGCCUCAGAUAAUAUUCCUUUCUAAAUUAACAUAAAUUUAUAUUUGAAAAUACGAAAUAGAACUUGCUUAAAAAAAAAAAUUUCUACAUAAAAAAAUAACAAUAAAAGAACAUAUAAUUCGUUGUAUGCAAUCAACUAAAACUAAACAUAUUCCUGACAACUAAACCUGAGCUGCUGGACACUUUCUUAGACUGUGCUUAUAUUUAGCAGCUGGUCAAAACAGGCACAGUCUUUCUGGGCAUUCUGUUCCUAUAUCUGUUCUACACAUAAUAUAUAUUAAUAUAUUGAAUGUAGAGAAAAAAAAACACUCUGAUAUGAACAGUUUUUUUAUCAUAAUUUAUACCGAAACCGAUAAUAAAUGAAACCUUCUUAGGACCUGGUCCUAGAUUUCAUCAUACCUGUGUUCAUAUUGAGAAUGAAAACUCGCAAGAUAUAAGUUAGAAAACGGAGCAUUUUGAUUAAUUUUCAGUUGAACAACAUUUACCAUUCAUGAACUCUCACAAUAUUAAUGGCCACCAUGGAAUAAUACAAGAGACGUUAUGAUUAAAACAAAUUUGGACCUUGUAGCUUUCUUCUUCCUUCUCAUAUCAUCAAUAGUUGUAGCAGAUGUAUCAGAUGCAGAUCAAGCUGAUUCUCAAAGUGAUACCAGCAGUACGGCCGACAUGGGUUCAAUAAAAGAGAGUGGAGAUCCAAAUCUAGUAAAUCCUCAGAGAGGUCAGGGAUAUGGAAUCGAUUUUAAUCAACAGCAGUGGAAGACAACCGCCAUACCACCAAGAAUGCCUCUUUCUACUACUCCAAAACCCUCCUUUGCUCAGGAGUCUGCUAGAGCAAUGCUUGAGUUUGGAAUAAUUGUCGGAGUUGCAUUCAUGGUUGGCGGUAUGUUCAUGGCCAUGGUAGGUCUAGAGAUACUCUUCGACAAAGUAGCAGACAAAUACAGAGAGGUUUUUAAGAAACCCAAGAUUCUUCCUGACGUAGAACGACUUCAUCCUGCUGAACUUGUGGGCACUUUUUCAAGAUAUAAAUAAUUCGUCCACUUGUACUAAAUACUUCUAUAAUUGAGUUUCUGUGACUGUGUCCUGAAGUUAAAUAUAAAAAUAAAUUAUCCUCAGGUUA